GGAGGCAGAAUAAUACAUGUGGAGGGUGGUAUUCCCUUCGGUGACGUGGAGUUGAGGUGUAUUGAGGUCGGGGCGGUGUCACUGUGGCUGUCAGGUGGCUGUUGCGGGUUGCGAAGAGCAUAAAGCACUCACUGCCACUGCUUUCCUCUUGACCGUUUUUCCCUGCCGUCUCCUUCUUGACCAUCAUCUCUUCUUUCUAACUUCUUGUCUCCCCUUUCAAGCUCAACGUUUUCCUCAAAAAUCAAAAACAUCUGGCACACACCUUCACAUUCGAUACUCAAGCUUACCAGGAUGACUGUUUAUUCAGCCCACCCUCCAUUCCGGACCAAGUCCUUACUCCUACUAGCCGUCAUCUCUCUUCUGGCUCGGAUGGCCUACUCUGAUUCCUCAGCCUCUUCCGAACUACCUACCUCCCAAUUGAUCACUAAGGCCAACUCACUCCUAGCCACUGGCCAAGCCUCAAAAGCUCUCGAACUAUACGAACUCGUCCUCGAGCGAGACCCGGACGACUAUCUAACCCUCUACAAAAAGGCUACCACUCAAAUGAGUCUCGGCCAGAACCAUCAUGCAUCUCAAUCAUUACAGAAAGUCUUGAGUCUCAAAGACUUCGAUAAAGCCCAGAUUCAACUGGCCAGGAUCCAUCUGAAAUCGGGUGACUACGAAGCCUGUCAAACCGAAUUAGAAUCCUUCCGCAAGAACCACGACAAGUCCUCUGUCGACCUCUCCUCACUCGAGGCUGAUCUCAAAUCCGCCCAAAAACAUCUCAAAAACGCCCGCUCCAACAUCAAAUCUAAAAACUACUCCAAAUGUGUCGACGAGGCUUCUGCGGCUAUCAAAAUUAGCCCUCAGAGUCCUGCUCUACGUCAGUUGAGAUCCGACUGCCAUUUCAUGCAAGGUCACAUCCAAGAGGCUACCGGUGAUCUCACUCAUGUUACCCAUCUAUCACCGAACAGUGCAGUGGCCGCCCUUCGACUAUCCUUCUUCUCCUACUUUUUCCUAGCUCAGCCACUAGAACAGUCGAUGAAGCCGAUUAAGAAGUGUUUGCAUUCCGAUCCGGAAUCCAAGCCCUGUAAGAAGGCAUUCCGACAACUCAAGGCACUGGAGAAAGAUCUAGCCAAGGUGCGAAACUUCAGCAACUCGAACGGACAUCGGUCGACUAUCAAGCUCUUGAUUCCCAAGGGAAAUGAGGCCGAAGGAUUGAUCGAGAGGACCAAGGCGAUCAUCAAAGAGUCCCAAUUGCCUGAUCCAAAGGCCGGGAUCGAUGAACCGUUAAUUUCUGCGGAGGUUGAAGACGUCGAAGGCCACUCGAAACUAUUGACGUCCUUGUACUCCUUUGGAUGUAAGGCAUAUGUCGGGCUCAAUGAACUCAAGAACUCGCAAUCGAUUUGUGAAAGCUUGCAUGCCCGAGACGACCAAGACGUGUGGGGAAUUAUCAGCAAAGCGGAACAACUGAUGGCCGCUGAGGAGUGGGAACCGGCCGUCAAUCUGCUCAAGGAGGCCUACAGUAAGAACGAAGAUGAGGAUGAAAUCUCGAGCCGUUUGAGAAAAGCUCAGAAGGGCUUGAAGGUCUCUAAACAGAAGGAUUACUACAAAGUCUUAGGCGUACCCAAGAACGCUGAUGAACGUACUCUCAAGAAGGCUUAUCGUAAAGCUACCCUCAAGGCUCACCCUGACAAGGGUGGUUCUCAAGCUAAAAUGACGGCGCUCAACGAAGCUUAUGAGGUGCUUUCGAACCCGGAAUUACGAGCCCGAUACGACAAUGGCGAUGACCCUAAUGAUCCGAUGUCGGGCCAACAUGGCCAUCCAUUCGGAGGAGGAGGCAAUCCGAUCUUCCAGCAAUUCUUCCAACAGGCUCAUUCGUCUGGUGGAAAUCCUUUUGGUGGCCAAUUUCCUGGCGGCGGUAGUGGCCAGACUUUUAGCUUCAGAUUCGGAUAAACUCUUUCUUUCGUGUUCUUAUAUCUAUAUAUCCUCUUUCCUUUUUUUUCUUUAAACUCGCUAUUUUUUUUGUUGAGAAAAAAACACACAUUCAUAGCCAAGAAAGAUAGAAAUUUCUUUGGUGUUUGUUGAUCUUCUUUGUUGGUUUCCUCAACUGCAAGUCUUACUCUUUCACUUUUCUUCUCUAUUAGAAGAAGAGAAACUUUCAUUGUAUCAUUUUAUUUUUUUUUUGGAUUGAGUCUUGACAGCGGUUGUGCCUGUGCAUGGUUGUGUGUUUUCACCUUUUUUUUCUUAUUCACUUCACUUCAGAAAUGAAUCAUUUCAAUAGAUUAGACAAAAGCUUGAUCUUGAAG